AUGUGGGCGACGGUACUCCUCGUAUUCGCGGUUCUGCUAGCGACGCAGACUGUGCAGUUCUUUCUCAACCUCAAGAAAGUCAGUUAUCUCCCUGGCUUCCGCACCGUCUUUUCGCAAUUCUCCGUUUUCGGUGCCGCCAUCCCUACGAAUUACUUCCAUCCCGGCCUCAACUGGAUUUGGGAGUGGCGGCAGUCAGUGUACAAGUACUACGGCACACGCACCAUCUCCUACGUCCCCUUCAUCGGCGAGCCUGUGAUAUGGACCUCGUCUAUGGAAGUGGCAAAGCAGCUUCUCGCAGGCGAUCCAAGACUCAUCAAGGCACCCUCCGCGCUGGUCCCUCUCCUUCUCUGGGGUGACAGCGUACUGACCGCGAAUCAUGAAGCGUACAAGAAGCAUCGCAGAGUAGUCGGCCCCGCAUUCUCUAGUAAUACUUAUGCUCUGGUCGCACGAGAGACUGUCAGAUGGUAUCAUGAGAUGGUUGAAGGCGAGAACUGGGUCAAGCAGGGUACCUUUACGAUCGAGUCUCUGGAGCAGUCCAUGCUCAAGUUCACCCUGGGCGUGUUGUCGAGGACGUCAUUCAACUACCGGUACCCAUGGGCCACUUCAGGAGACAGCAGCGGCGUGCCUUUCGAGCGGGCUUUGACAACAAUUCUGACCAUGAAGGACGUGAUCAUCCGCCUUGCUACCCCCAAUUGGGCGUACAAGCUCCCCAUCGAACGCAUCCGACGCGUGGACGACGCCUACCGCAAGCUCGGAGCACUCAUGCGCUCCUUCGUUACCUCCAAGAAGGAGGAGCUUGCGUCUACCACGGAAGACAUGGAGCCUCUGCGGAGCGAUCUGCUGACCCGGCUGGUCUCUGCGAGCGAGGCGGAGGGCAAGAAUGGGUUGGACGACUCCGAAGUUAUCGGCAAUGUCUUCAGCUUCUUGUUUGCAGGGCACGAAACAACUGCACAUACGGUGGCGGCAGCACUGGCUCUUCUGGCACUGCACGAAGACGAGCAGGAGAAAGCUGUCAAGGCCAUCCACGAAGCUCUGCCUGACGGGCGCGAUCCGACAUUCGACGAUUUUGCCAAGUUGGAAAAGGUCCUCGCUUGCUUCCACGAAGCAGGAAGGAUGUUCCCUGGCGGCGCCAUCGUGACGCGAGACACUAUCGAUACGUUCGUUCUGAAGGUGCCUGACGAGAGAGGCGAUGAGAAGACACUCGUCGUUCCGCCUAACAUGCGCAUCAUGAUUGACAUGGUUGGCGUCCACUACGACCCGCGCCUUUACCCCGACCCCGAGCGAUACGACCCGUCGCGCUGGUACGGCGUGACACAGGAGACGGACUUCACGUACUUCGGACUCGGCCCCCGGGCGUGCCUGGGCAGGAAGUUCGCGCUCGUCGUCGCCAUGUCCCUCAUGACCAGUCUCCUGCGGGACUGGAAGUUUACCGUGCCUCUGAAGCUAGGCGAGACGAAGGAACAGUGGCGCGAGCGGAUCAUGCAGGGCAAGUAUGCUGGUCUAGGUUUCGGCGUGCACCAUAUUCCCGUGAAGAUGACGAGGAGAGUUAAGGCAUGA